AUGAGUAAAGGUAAACAAACUGUCCCUUUAAGUCAAAUAGUUGAUCAUGCAACCAAUGAAGUUCAUCCAUCACCUAGUAUUAAAGCAUAUGCUACAUUAGCUAAAAUUGCUGCAACAAUUCCAUCUGCACAAGUAGCAUUACGUGUUCAAUUAAUUACAAAAAUGAAAGCUUAUUGUAAUGGAUUCUUACCAAAGAAAGAGAUGUAUUAUUGUUUAUGUUUAGUAGACUAUUUAGUCUUAAAUUGUCCACAGUUCAGACCACAAGUAUUAAACCCAGAUUUUGUUACAUUAUUUGAAAGGUCUGCAGAUUUUGAGAAAUGUAAAAAAUCGAAAAAGCCUGGAAUAGUUACUGAAAAGGCUAUGAGAAUUCUUCAAACAUGGGGACCUCUUUAUCCUAAUGAGUUAUAUGAUUAUCAAUUAAUGUAUGAUAAAUACUUAAGUAAAGGAGUUUAUUUCCCAGUAUUAGAUAAAUUACCUGAACAAACACAGCCAGAACAUAGUGAGAGUCUUGCUGAUGAUUUAGAAAAAAGUACUAAAGAAAUUAAUGAAUGCAGUGAAUUAAUUCAAGACGCUUUAGAAAAUACUGGAGCGUCAGUUAGAACUCAAUCUGUAAAAGCAUUGUAUAAAAGAGCAGUAGAAUUAAAUAGUAAGUUUAAUGUUCUUUUUGUGAAAUAUAUUAAUACAGCUACAAAUACCGAAGAAAUUCAAAAAUAUUCAGAAUUAGAAAGUAAUUUUACUAAACUUAUUGUUCAAUUAGCAAAUAUUAUCAAUAACCCACAAGGGGAAGACAUUUAUCGUACUUAUACUACUGGUCAUAUAACUGAUAAAACUGAAGAUAAACAUACAAAAAUUAGAUCUUCUCAAGCACCUCUUGAUCCAAUUUCUAUUGCAUCAUCUUCUGCUCAAAGAGAAACUCCUUCUUCAUCAAGUUUCUCUCGUAAAAACUCUUCAUUCCAAUUAGCACCACCUCCUUCUCGUGGACAACCUAUUCGUUUUAGUAGACAAAAUACAGAGCCACCCGAAAGUCAAUUAUUUCAAAAUUCACCAAUACCAUCAACUAAAAUAUCUAUGGAAACACAAAUACGAGAUGAUACUGAAUCUGUUGUAAAGAAUAGAUUUAUUUUUGAUCAAUCUUCUCCAAGCUAUCAAUCAAACCAUGGUCCAUUAGAUCAACAAAGCUUACUGUAA